AUGAAUAAAGGCGCUACACAGCCAGCCGGGGAGGAUAUCUCAGCCAAGGGGAAACCCUGGAUGUACAAACCAAUGAAGAUCGGCCCAUUCACAUUUCCCUGGUUUGCUUCGCCAGAGACUCAGCUCAUUUUAGUAUCUUUUGUAUGUUUCCUCUGUCCUGGUAUGUACAAUGCGGUGACUGGUCUUGGCGGAGCUGGUCAACUCGAUAUGCAAGACGUCAACAACGCGAACACAGCCUUAUAUAGUACUUUAUCUGUUGUCGGAUUCUUUGCCGGGUCAAUUGCCAACAGAAUCGGACUGAAACUUACGCUUUCCUGCGGCGGAUUUGGAUAUUUCUUAUACGUUGCUGCGUUGCUUUCAUACAAUCACAACCACAACGCUGGUUUUCUCAUAUUUGCUGGUGCGCUUCUCGGUAUAUGUGCAGGCUUAUUGUGGUGUGCCCAAGGUGCGGUGAUGAUGAGUUAUCCGCUGGAAGAACAAAAGGGAAAGUUCAUUGCAGUAUUCUGGAUAAUUUUUAACCUGGGCGGUGUGAUUGGUAGUUUGGUACCCUUGGGCCAAAACAUUCAUUCGACGGCGGGAGCGGUCAACGACGGAACAUAUAUUGCUUUCAUGGUUCUUAUGGCAGCUGGUUUCUUCUGCGCCUGGGGACUCUCUGAUUCCAAAUAUGUCAAACGUAAGGACGGAUCAAAGGUGAUUGCUAUGAAACAUCCCACCUGGUGGACGGAAAUUAAAGGCUUGUUUGAAACUUUACAACACAAUUCUUACAUUGUGUUACUCUUCCCAAUGUUUUUGGCGAGCAAUUGGUUCACCGCAUACCAAUUCAACGUGGUGAAUGGGUUCUACUUCAACAUUCGCACUCGCUCCUUGAACAGCUUACUCUACUGGCUCUGUCAGAUGAUUGGUGCCUUUGUUUUUGGCCAGUUGUUGGACAUCAAGUUUCUUUCACGCAGCAUGCGAGCUAAAUUGAAUUUUGGCUUGUUAUUUGCACUCACUUUAGGGAUUUGGGGAGGGGGCUAUGCUUUUCAGAAGAAAUUCGACCGCCACACGCCGAAGCCUGACAUGGAUUGGAGUGCUUCUGGCUAUGUCGGACCGAUGUUUCUGUAUAUGUUUUAUGGCUUUUAUGACGCUUCCUUUCAGACUUGCACAUAUUGGUUUAUGGGAUCUCUCACCAAUAACAGCCGCAAGCUCGCCAACUUCGCUGGCUUUUACAAAGGAAUUCAAUCAGUUGGGCAAGCUAUUACCUGGCGCAUGGAGGCAUUGAAUACACCGUAUAUGAACGAAUUUGCGUCUUGCUGGGGGAUUCUCGCAGGGUCAAUGGUGAUUGCAUUUCCGGUUAUUUUCUUCAAAAUCAAGGAUACAACAGAUGUGGAAGAAGAUCUCAGAUUUUCAGAUGAGACUAUCCAGGAGGUUGUUCCGGACCAAACACAGGAAGCAAAGUAG